AGAAAUGUGUCUACUGCCGUAAGCGGAUGAAAAAAGUGUCGGGAGCCUGCAUCCAGUGCUCCUCCGAGCACUGCUCCACGUCCUUCCACGUCACCUGCGCCCGCGCGGCGGGCGUGCCCAUCGAGCCUGACGAUUGGCCCUACGUGGUGUCCAUCACCUGCUUCAAGCACAAAGCCGCCAGCCACGUGCUUCCCUUUUCCAGAGAGGUCUCCCUGAGCCAGACAGUAAUUGCAAAGAACCGGAACGGCCUCUAUUACCGGUGUAAAGUGAUUGGGGUGACCACGCAAACCUUUUACGAGGUCAAUUUUGAGGACGGCUCCUACAGUGAUAACAUUUAUCCGGAAAACAUUGUUAGCAGAGACUGCCUUAAGAUGGGGGCCCCUGCGGAGGGCGAGCUGGUCCAGCUACACUUGACCAACGGCAUCACUUACCAAGCCAAGUUCAUCGCUGCCCACGUCAACCAGAUCUUUCAGGUGAGAGCCCAAGAUUACUUUACUUUGGAAAUCAUGUCGAAGAAACGGUGGCGGAUAACACCUAGCCGAGUUAUCCGGCGUGAAUUCUGGCUGCGGCGAGAUGGCCAGUCCGGUGUGGGCCGCGGCGAGUUGGCCGUGGCGAGUUCUCCCAUUCCAUCCCCUACAUUAGAUCUUUGCUUAA